CUCUUUCUUCAUUUAUACUGCAUUUAUUCUGUCGGGAUGUAGGUCCUCAGCCCAAUAAUUCUGCCUAAACCUUGGAUUCCACAGCCCAAUAAUUCUGGUUGUUAAAUUUCCCUUUUAGAGUUUGUGGACCGUUUUUUAACCCUUUGUUUUUCGUAUUAAGGCUCUCUCUUCCUUUCUCUCUUUCUCUUUCUCCAAGUCUUUCAUUCGUCUCCAUUCACACAUUCAAACAAUCAAUGUCUUCAUUCUCAUCUCGCUCUGCAACUCCUCCUCAGGCCACUAGUAUUGUCGCUGCCAAGGGCUGGACACCUACAUCGUGGCAAUCAAAACCUGUCAAACAAGAUGUUGACUACCCGGAUCAGGAACAUUUGCGCCGAGUUUUGGAGAAGAUCGGGCGACUUCCUCCUAUGGUUGUCCCCAGUGAGAUCCUUCGCUUACGCCGGCAAUUAGCCGAUGUAGCCAUGGGAAAGGCUUUCUUGCUUCAGGGAGGGGACUGUGCUGAGCUCUUUGAUUACUGCGCUCAGAGCCCUAUAGAAGCAAAGCUGAAAGUACUGCUCCAAAUGUCCUUGGUAUUGGUCUGGGGCGCACGUAUGCCUGUCGUUCGUAUUGCACGUAUGGCUGGCCAGUAUGCAAAGCCUCGCUCAAAACCUACAGAAGUGCAUGAAGGAAAGACCAUUUUAAGCUAUCGUGGCGAUAAUGUUAAUGGAUAUGACCCUUCUGACCGUACUCCUGAUCCCGAACGUCUUCUUGGGGCUUACUUCCAUUCGGCUGCAACUUUGAAUUACGUGAGAUCCAUCCUCUCAGAGGGUUUCGCCGAUCUCCAUCAUCCAUCUAAUUGGAACCUGCACCACGUCAAAUCACCCGCUCUUCGACAGGAAUAUCAGGGUAUAGUCGAUAGGUUGACCGAUGCUUUGGAUUUCAUGAAGACCAUUGGCGCUGAUCCCAAUAAUGGACGCUCUCCGACUGGAAUUUCCCCCAGUACCCUCAAUACUGUUGACAUAUUCGCCUCACAUGAGGGCCUUUUGUUGGAGUACGAGCAAGCUUUGACUCGCCUCUUGGCUGAUCCUGAGAAUCCAACUCAAAUGAAAUACUACAAUGUCGGAACUCAUUUUAUUUGGAUUGGCGACCGCACGAGACAACUAGAUGGUGCUCAUAUUGAAUAUUUCCGAGGAAUUGAGAACCCUAUUGGUGUCAAGUGUGGUCCCAGUAUGACACCAGACGAACUUAUAGACCUUUUGAACAUCUUGGAUGCGGACAAGCAGCCCGGUAAAGUGACACUUAUCACACGCUACGGUGCUGAACACAUUGACAAACAUCUGCCUGGACAUAUCAGAGCCGUACAAGACUCAGGGCAUAUUGUUGUUUGGGCUUGUGACCCUAUGCACGGAAACACAAAGCAAUCAGUAUCCGGCGUCAAAACAAGGCACUUAGUUGAUAUCACUAGAGAGCUAUCAGUGGCAAUCCGUAUUCAUAAACAGCUAGGAUCUCAUCUUGGAGGCGUUCACUUUGAGCUUACAGGAGACCGCGUUACAGAGUGUGUGGGCGGUUCCAUGGAAUUGUCGGACGCUGAGUUGCUGGGGCGUUAUGAGACACAAUGCGAUCCUCGUCUCAACUACGAACAAGCACUGGAUAUGGCAUUUUUGAUCGCAAGAUAUCAAGAAAACCAGCGCGGCUUUAGUGGUAUGAUGUCUUUAUAAAGUGCGCUGAUCUUAACAGUAUCUUAACAUUGGAUGGCUUUCGACUUUGGACUGCGUUUUACAUGAACUUUAUUUGCAAAGAUAGUGACGUUAAAGUUAAAAAAAUGAAUAAAUGCGUCAAACUCAAUUAAGUG